GGACCAGACGGAGUGAAAAAUAAUGCAGUUCUUUGGUGGAUCGGAGAUCAGUCCGUCGCCGCCUGCUCCGACGGCGACUGGCAACAACGCGCACAUGAUGUACGUUUUCAACAGGAAUGGUGUCUGCUUGCUCUACCGGGAAUGGAAUCGACCUCUACACACUCUCAACCCCCAGCAAGACCACAAGCUCAUGUUCGGUCUCCUCUUCUCUCUCAAGUCCCUAACAGCCAAAAUGGAUCCCACCAGUGCUGAGAAAGGAAAUCUAGGAGUACCACAGCUACCAGGACAAGGAUGUUCAUUUCACAGCUUCCGUACUAAUACCUACAAGCUUAGUUUCAUGGAAAGUCCCUCUGGGAUUAAGAUCAUUUUGGUCACGCAUCCUAGAACUGGUGAUCUUCGCGAAUCACUGAAGUAUAUUUAUAACCUGUAUGUUGAAUAUGUUGUUAAGAACCCACUCUAUGCUCCAGGAACUCCAAUCAGGUGUGAGUUAUUCAAUACAACUCUUGAUCAAUAUGUGAGGAGCAUUGCCUAGUAUCCGGUAGUCUAAUGCUGGCCAUCUUUAUCUUGCUGCUGCUGGCCUUAGGAGAAGUGCCUCUUAACUCUCGUUGAUGAGGAUUGGGUGUGGGUUACUGUGUGACAGUUGUCAUAUAUAACUGGACGAGUGCACUAGAAAUGAUUGGUUCAUAGAAAAGGGUCAGUGAAAUACAGGCUUGAUGCUUUCUUCAUUUUUUAGAUUGUUUUGGUGAGAAUUGACUUUGUAGUCAUUGAGUGUGGUGAAUCUUAUCCUCAAGGUGAUAUUUAAAUAAAAAAAAAAAAUUCUCUUGUUCGGUCUUAUAUCCCUACCCAAGAAGGGUGAAUUGGGUCUUGCAACUGUUCCAAGUGC